GUUCCUCUACUAAGUGAAAAUGUUUGGAAGCCGUUAUAUUUAUUCUUAUAUAUGUGUAGAACCGAUAUCUCAUAUACCUCUUUCUUUCUUUAUCAUCAGGACAAUAAUGCACAAGGUGUCCGCCCACAGACUCAUCAACAAAGUUCCUUCAACAUGUCCUGAGGAAAUGCGCAACAGGAUUCCUGCCAGAGCAAUGGAGGAGAAGGAGGAAGAAGGAGUCCAAAUGCAGCAUUGUGAGAAGAAAGUAGUCAAGAAAAAAAGCCUAUUCAGAAGCUUUCUAAAAUUAUUCCGUCGGGACAAAACAUCUGAGAGCAGCGAGACCACAAAAAUGAUCACCCCGGAACCAAAGGAAGUAGCCCAGCAGAAAAAGACAGAGGAAAAGGAAAUGGAAGAGAAGAAGCUGGAGAUGGAGGAGGAAAAGAAAGUGGAGAAGGAGAAGACAAACACCUUCACUGAAGAGGAGAAAAGGAAAGUGGAGGAAGAAGUGGAGGGAAAGAAAAAGAAUGAACGGAAGGUUAAAGCAAUGAGGGAUAGAAUACAGAGGGUGAAACUGUAUACAAAGAUGACAGACACCGAGGACCCAGAGGAGAAGAGGAAACUAAUGCAGCAAGUGAUCGCCCACAGGAUGAUCAACAAAAUUGGCGUCCCCUGCGCUGGACAAAGACGCAAUUCGAUUCCUGCCAGAACAAGUGAGCUGGAGGAGAAAGACAUCCAGCAUUUCAACAAUAUUUCUCACUGGAGCAACAGCUUCACUGAAGAGGAGAAAGAAGUCCAGAAUGAAAACCUGAUCAGGGACAAGACAUCCAAGAGAAAGAAGAUCACAAUAAUUAUCACCCUGGAACCGAAGGAAGUAGCCCAGCAGAAAAAGACAGAGGAAAAGGAAAUGGAGGAGAAGAAGCUGGAGAUGGAGGAGGAAAAGAAAAUGGAGAAGGAGAAGACAAACACCUUCACUGAAGAGGAGACAAGGAAAGUGGAGGAAGAAGUGGAGGGAAAGAAAAAGAAUGAACGGAAGGUUAAAGCGAUGAGGGAUAGUAAACAGAGGGUGAAACUGUAUAAAAAGAUGACAGACAACGAGGACCCAGAGGAGAAGAGGAUUCUUUGCACAGAAGUGGUGCGGGAAGAGAAGAAUAAAGUCCAGAUAACAAUCGAGAGAGAAACCCAAGUCUGAACAAGCUGGGAUCAGCAAGACCACAACAAUUCCGUCACGGAUGUAAAUAAAAGCAGAAGGAGCCAGAGGACGUGAAGGAGAAAAAGGAGACGCUGCUGCAAGAUACUACUGUAUAUGUAGCGAAACAUAUAGGGCGGAGUCUCAACUUGUGACGUAAAUUUGUUGAAAAAAAUGUAAAAAAAACAGCACAAAUAGCAUCUUUUGGGGGAAAGAUUCUAUGUGUAGCAAAACACGUGUGCUGUCUUUACUACUUUUUUAACUGUUAUUAAAAACAUAGACUCCACCCUAUGCUUUUCGCUACAAAUAGCAUCUUCGGGGGGAAUAGGGUGGAGUAUAAAUUUGUGACGU